AUGGCCUCCAGAGGGCUUACAGCGAGUGGUACAUCAGGGCCCUGGAACAGCACCCACCAAGAUGUUAUAAGGUUCAAUAGGGAUUAUAAGGUCCAGCCAACACAAUUCUACUCCAUCGGUAGGGUUAUUUCGGUAUACUGGGCAGAGCCUGCCGGUGAUACCUCUGUACCGCAUAGUCACGGCAGUCCUUACUUCUAUUCAGCUGGAUAUGGUCAAGAGGUUCAUGCAAACAUUCGUAGAAUGGUUGUUGUCAAUAACCAGCAAGGCUGUUCGUGGUGUCUGGCUAUUUAUACUUAUGGAGGAAGAGGACUGUUGAAGCCGGGUAUUGACCUGAACACUCACUCAGUAGUAUACAUGAGGGGAAGUGAGCCUGCUUAUUACGCCCCAGGACGAGAAGCUGGAAUACCCCCUAUCAUGAUAAACCCCUUUACCCCAGAAGAUAAACUCCAGGAAUCGUCUUGCCUUAACUUCGGAAAGGUUUUCACCGUGGAUCAUAACAUUAAGGUCAAGCCUAUCGGACAUGUCAGCCAGGAAUCUCUAAGACUUUUCCACCGAGCUUGGAGACAAUGUCUUGAUAACGAAGAUUACGGUAACUAA